CCUCGCGUCGGUCUCAAAGGGCUUCGUCAGAUGACCGCGUUCUUGGGAAAGAAACCCCCUAAACUCGAGUUUCCAAUCGCCCACAUCAUAUUUCACUUCCACGCGCUUUGUGCAACAACGAGUAGGGCCUUCUGUGGAGUAAGCUAUGUCUUGAAGUCGAAAAUAGCCUAGAUGAACUUCUUUCCACGUAUAUUUUUAAUAACGGGAGCGGCUUUCUUUCUCAACCGGACGGCAUGUGUAAAGUUUGCCUCACUCCCGCUUUGCUCAAGAAGGUAUAACCAACGCCGAAUCUUCGAUAUUAGCCGAUUAUAUUCAGAAGGGAAGAAGCUAGAGACUCAAUGGGCAACGGACACCCCCGCCCUGGAUGUGCGCGCGCACAGUCGGUCGGCCCGUAUCAGAUGAUGCACGGUUCCCGACGUCAUUCUUUUUCCUAUAGCUUUACCAUUUCUGUGACUCCUUUUUGAGGCCAGCGGGCCUGUGCUGAAAUUAUCCUAUUCGUCACACGUUUGAACAUAUUCACAGUUCCAUUUUAUUCUUCGCUUCUUAAAAGCCCCAAGGUGCAUCAUAGAUUUGUCCGCAUCCAGAAUGUUUUCAUUCAUUCCCCAAAUGUCAGAACUGAUGAUGUUUUGUUGAACUUGACGCUCAGACCAUCUCGCUCCACUCUGAGGAUUGAAUCUCCCUCACUGCGAGAAAUUGCGAAGCGAAACUCUAGCUCCUACGUCACGUAUUCCAGACGCACAGACCAUUUUUCUGCAGUAUAAAAUGGGGAGUAGUCAGGAGCUAGAGAACAGUCAGAACACAUCUUCCCGUCGUUCUACGCGUCUUUAGCACACACAACUCACUAACAACAUGUUUUCCAAGUUUGCUGCUCUUGCAUCCCUCGCCCUCCUUGCGGUCGCCACUCCCACUCCUGGCGGUGAACCUGCCAGCCAGUGCUCUACUGGUCCCGUUCAAUGCUGUAACACUGUCACAACUGCUGGAGAUCCUGCUGCGGCUGGCGUACUUGCCUUGAUCGGUGUUGUCGUCCAGGACUUGACUGUGCCAGUUGGACUCACGUGCGACCCCAUCACCGUAAUUGGUGCUGGAGGUUCCGGAUGCAGCGCCAACCCAGUCUGCUGUGAGGACAACAGCCACGGCGGUCUCAUCUCGAUUGGAUGCGUUCCCGUCGACCUGAGCUUGUAAGCUAUGAAAUUAACAAGGACACUUCAUCGGGAUCAUCCCCGAUGAAUUGACUGGGCUCAUGUAGGAGGCGGUAUUUGAGCAUCUGUCAAUAAUUAUGCUCUGAUCCUAACCCAAUCAUGACCUUCAUCUGCUGUGUUGUUAUUUCUUAUUGUUCGGAUUGCUGUGCUUCGUUAUGAUACUUAUGACGUGUUUGUUGUGUUUUCGGAUCCCAAUGAAGUCGGU